GCUCUCGCGUCUGCCAUGGCGGUCACGGCCCAGAACUCGGAGCAGGACUUCAUGGACGCCCACAACGCGGCGCGCGCCGACGUGGGCCUUGGGGAGGUGACAUGGGACGCUACGGUGGCAGCCUUCGCGCAGGACUACGCGGAUCAGCGCCACGGCGACUGCCAGCUGAUCCAUACUCCUGAUGGCCGGCCGUACGGGGAGAACCUCUACGGAGGCGGCGGCGGCGGGACCGAGUGGACGGCGACGGACGCCGUGAAUUCGUGGGUGUCGGAGAAGCAGUACUACGACCAUGACAGCAACACCUGCUCGGCGCCAGAGGGUGAGUCGUGCGGGCACUACACGCGGGUGGUGUGGCGCGACUCGACGGCCAUCGGUUGCGCCCGCGUCGUCUGCGACAGCGGCGACGGUGUGUUCAUCGAGACCUGCUCCGGUGCUCCCCCUAACCUAAUUUCGGAGGGGUAUUUUUGUCCCGUGAGUUUAUUUUUUUCCUGGCCCGCCGUAGCCCAGAUCCAAGCCUUGUCUAGCCCUGUAUAACCCAGACCAUAUACGUAUAGUACCCUGGUCCGAAAAAAAACAUCACACGACCCCACGUCCACGUAAGACCUGCCGAAUCCAAUCAUUCACGCAGCUCCAUCAAUCUCGCGAGCAUUGACGCAGCUCCAUAAGUCACGUAGUAGA